UUCCUGUCUUCCAGAUGCUGGGCGCAGAGGUGGAGAACGCCAGGUUGGUGGUUGGACUUCGGUGAACCCCAACCCAGACCCUAGACACCCUGAGGCUUGCGACACCACAAGGGCAGGAAGGUUAACAGCAGAAGGUUGCUAGAAUGGGGGCCACCGGGGCCAGGUUGCUGAGGUCCUGUGUCCUGCUGCUGCUGACCGUACUGCUCCAGUCGGGAAGUCAAGAUCUCACCUGCAUGGUGUCCUCAAGCAACGUGGACUGGACCCAGACAUUCAAUGACACCUGCCUCAAUUUCAGUGGACUUGGCCUAUCCCUGCCGAGGACCCAGCCCCUGCAGGCCAGUCACUUGCAAGUUCUGGACCUGUCUAGGAAUGGGCUGCAGGCUCUCCCCAGGGUCUUCUUUGCCAAGCUGGAGAAGCUGCAAACCUUGAUUGUCACCCACAACAGGCUGGUCAGUGUGGAGCCGUCGCUGGCUCUGCGCUGUGAGGUGGAGCUCAGGGUGGACUGUAGCUGCGGACUGGUCUCCUGGCACCGCGUUCGUCAGAGCAACUGCUCAGAAGAGCUGCUGUGUCUACACCCGGACACGGGAGCACCAGGGAACCUCUCUACCUUCCUCCAGGCCAGCUGUCCCCCCAGCCUCGCCCCGGGGACCAUUGUUGUCCUUGUGGCAGGGACUUUCUUCCUGGCUCUGGCUGUCAGUGGAUCUGUGUUGGCCUGGAGACUUCGACAACACCAAGGAGCCAGUGGCCAGAGUCUCAGCAAGGCCCAGAGUCCACACAAUACCCCUAGACCUGUGACUGGCUUCCUACCAAGGUACAGCAGCCAGCGACGGGGUCCCAAGAUCCCGGACACGCCACCAGGCGGGUCCUCACUGGACUAUGAGAAUGUCUUCAUAGGCGAACUGGCUGAGGACACGUCGGUGUCUGCACCCAGGAGCCCUUCCGAGGACACCGACUUCUACAUGAAUUACAAGGGUGCCGACCUGGACCCUCAGCCGGUCUACUGCAAUCUGGAGUCCCUGGGAAGGGUCCCAGCAUACAACCAGGAGUAUGUGGCGCCGGGGCGCUGAGUCGUCGCCCCCCCUCCCCUGGUGGGGACAGAACACGAGCCUGGAGACUCUGCCCCUGCAGCCCCCACGCUCCCCAGGACUCUCAAAGUCAGAGGUGGCGCGAGGACCCCCAAAGCAGGAGGGUCACGGACGCGGACUGAACCCUCCGGUCAGGGUGCAGGUGCUGCUCAGUAAAUGCUGGGGGCCACGUGGGGCUCAGCGCGUGACUGACCGAGGUGAUUCUCCGUCUGGGAUUCCCAAGUGACUCUGCACCCAUCCGGACCCUGGGGCUCCAGCCCACCUGCCGCCCCUCCCCUGCCCUCCUGCCCUCCCCUGCCCGCUGCUCUCCCCUGCCAUCUCCUGACCUCCCCUGCUUUCCCCUUGUUCUCUCCUGCCCUCCCCUGCCCUCCUGCCCUCCCCUGCCCCCUGCCUUCCCUGCCCUCUCCUGACCUCCCCUGUCCCCUGUCCCCCACAGUUCCCCAAUUCCUGGAUCCUGAGUCAGGGGCUUGCAGCUUGUGUGGCUCCCCUGCCUCUCCAUGUGUCCCUCUUUCUUUCCUUCCGUCCUUCCCACCCGGGUUC